AUGACCACGGCACUUCCCUCAAAGCUUGAGCAGCUUGUGCGGGGUGAGUUCGAGGACACCUGCCGCCGCCGUUUCUUCUUUGGCCUCGCCUUCGAUCCCUACGGCGGCUCAGCGGGUUUGUACGAUAUGGGCCCACCACUCUGUGCGAUGAAGGCCAAUCUGCUUACAUACUGGCGCCAGCACUUUGUGCUAGAGGAGAGUAUGUGCGAAGUGGACACAACGUGUUUAACACCAGCAGAGGUGUUUAAAGCCUCUGGUCACGUUGUACGCUUUAAUGAUGUGAUGGUGCGGGAUACCGUAACAGGUGAGUGUAUUCGUGCAGAUAAGUUCCUCGAGGAAUAUGGCGAGAAACAACUGCAGGACAAAACACUUUCAGCAACAAUGGUGCAGGAGAUGCAGACACUUCUUCACAGAGCUGCAGGUAUGACACCAGAUGAAAUAAAGGCAACAAUAGAACGUUAUCAACUGAAGUCACCAAAGGGAAAUCCAUUCAGUGACCCAUUUCCAUUUAAUCUGAUGUUUUCUACGAAUAUAGGUCCUGAGGGAGACCGUGUGGGGUAUAUGCGACCAGAACUUGCACAGGGUAUUAUUUUGAAUUUUAAGCGUUUGCUAGACUCUGGUAACGCACAACGUAUGCCUUUUGCUGGUGCUUGUAUUGGAACUGCCUUUCGAAAUGAAAUCGCACCUCGUGCAAGUCUUAUUCGUGUUCGAGAAUUUACUUUGGCAGAAAUUGAACACUUUGUUAAUCCGAAUGAAAAGAAUCACGAAAAAUUUGACAAGGUUAAAGAUGUGGAAUUCUGGGCAUGGUCUCGUGAACUGCAAGAAGCGAAUGCUGAACCUGUUCGUCUAACGAUUGGUGAGGCUGUUGAGAAAAAGAUUGUUGAUAAUGAAACUCUCGGUUACUUUAUGGCUCGUACAGCACUUUUCCUUGAUGCCGUCGGAGUGCGUUAUGUUCGUUUCCGCCAACAUCAGCGGGAUGAGAUGGCACACUAUGCCCAGGAUUGCUGGGAUGCAGAAUUACUUACAUCAUACGGAUGGGUGGAGUGCGUUGGCAUCGCUGAUCGAUCUGCAUACGAUCUCACACAACACAGUAACGCUUCUAAAAAGGAACUUGGUACACGUGAAGAGUUUGCGGAACCACGCAUUGAACGUCAAUUGCAGCGUAAACUGCAAAAGGGAGCUAUUGGUAAAGCAUUUGGAAAGAAUGCUGGUGAAGUGAUGGAGUACUUAAACACGGCUCCAGAAACAGCUUGUGUUGAACUUAAUGGAAAACUAACAGAAUCAGGUGAAGCAACGAUCACAACAUCAAGUGGUUUUGAAGCGAAAAUUACAUCAGCAAUGGUACAGUUUGAUUACAAGGACGUAAAGGUAACAGGUCGCAAUUAUGUUCCGAGUGUUAUUGAACCUUCCUUUGGUGUUGGGCGUAUCCUGUACGCAUUGCUAGAGCAGAGCUACUGGGUUCGCCGUGAUGAUAGCGCUAAAAACGAAAAACGUGCGGUAUUCAGUCUACGACCAUUAAUUGCCCCACAGAAGGUGGCAGUAUUCCCACUCCUCAUGAAGCCCGAGUUAAUGCGCACAGCAGAGACAAUUCGUUCACAGUUACUCCUGAGUGGAGUCUCAACCCGCACGGAUGAUAGCGGUGCGUCCAUUGGAAAGAAGUACGCUCGCGUGGAUGAACUCGGCAUUCCCUUCUGCAUUACGUGUGAUUUGGAGGGUGAUGGCUGUGUUACGCUGCGGGAGCGCGACUCUGCCCGGCAGGUGCGUAUUCCCGAGUCGAAGGUGACGGAGGUGGUGGUGGCAUUGUGCCAUCCGCUGCUGCCGCGGGAGUGGGCGAGUGUGGAGGCGGAGUUUUCAGCACAGCUCGCUGCGUGA